UCACCCUACAUUGGUGAAAUAAGUUUCAUCCGCAUAACCCGGAAGUUCUCUGAGCUUUUGGUGACGGUGCAUUAGGCGACAUGGCUCAUCUUUGUUUGUUUAGCCUGUUGGUCCUGUCCAUGGUUCUUGAGACCCAGGCCCUGACCCCAACCCAUCAUCUGACCACCACUGAUGUGGCCAGGCUUCAGGCUGUAUUGAGCCAACCCUUCACUGACCUCAAGUCUGCUUAUUACUCUGUUGUUGGACUUAGCAAGUUGGGAAUCUUAGUUGCGGAUGCAGAUGAGACAUGCCAGUUUAUCAAGUCAAACCUGGAUCCCUCUAGUGUGGAGUCACUCUUUUAUGCCGCAGAAGCCAGCCAGGCUCUGUCUGGAUGUGAGAUUCCUGUGUCAAAUGACACUCGUGAUUUGCUUUUGGCCACUGUCAGUGAGGACUCCACUGCCUCUCAGAUCCAUCAGUCUGUGAGUGCUCUCAGCUCCCUUGGGUUGCCUCUGGCCUCACAGGAAGUGGUCAGUGCUCUGAAAGCUCGCAUCUCCAAAGAGGAUAAUGUUUUGACAAUCAUUUUGGCACUGCAGACUGCGUCUCGUCUCUCUCAACAAGCUGAACUUGGAGAUAUCCUGGAGGAGAUUGAGGAUCUCGCUGCCCGUUUAGAUGAUCUGAGUGGAGUGUAUCUUCAGUUUGAGGAGGGGCUGGAGACCACAGCACUGUUUGUUUCUGCGGCGUAUGCCCUGUCUGAUCAUGUGGACAUGGAGCCCCCCCUGAAAGAGGAUCAGGUAAUCCAGCUAGUGAACUCCAUCUUCAGUAAGAAGUCUUGGGACUCUCUAUCAGAGGCAUUCAGUGUAGCUAGUGCAGCUGAAUCACUUUCCAACAAUCGCUUCCAUGUGCCCGUCAUUGUCAGUGCCCAGGGCCCUGCUGCUAUAUCCCACAGCCAGCCCUUCCUCCGGCUUCAGGUGACGGAUGUCCUUUGUCAGCCCCUCAGUUCAGCAAGUGUGCUGGUGGAGUCAGCCAGUACUAGUUCAUCAAAAUCUGCCAUCCUAAGCCAGGCACCAUUCACCCUCAGAGAUGAGGUUUUUGAGCUGAAUUUCAUGGCCAGCCAACCAGCGAGUGGCUACUAUCAGUUCUCUGUUGCCAUUGCUGGUGACAGCCGAUUUGUUGCCAACCAUGUUGAGCUCAAGGUAAAGGUCUCUACUCGAGUUGCCAUCAACAACAUGGAUUUGUCUGUCGUGGACAAGGACCAGAGCACUGGCCCCAAAACUACCAGAGUAGAAUAUCCAACUAAAGCCAAAGCACCUUUUAUGGCAGACAGCCAUCAAAACUUUGCCAUGGCGUUCCAGUUAGUUGAUGAGACCACAGGAGUGGAGCUCACCCCCCACCAGACCUUUGUGAGGUUACACAACCAGAAGACAGGUCAGGAGGUUGUGUUUGUGGCUGAACCCGACAGUAAGAAUUUGUAUAAGUUUGAGCUGGAUACAACUGAGAGAAAGACAGAGUUUGACUCCAUCUCUGGCACCUAUGCUCUUUACUUGAUGAUGGGAGAUGCUACGCUGGAGAACCCCAUUUUGUGGAACGUGGCUGACGUUGUGCUGAAGUUCUUAGAUGAAGAGGCACCUUCAACAAUUCAGGCUAAAACUUUGUACACGCCCAAACCAGAAAUCCAGCAUCUAUUCCGAGAGCCAGAGAAGAAGCCACCCACAGUUGUGUCCAAUGCAUUUACUGCCUUGGUCCUCUCUCCGUUUCUGCUCCUGCUCAUACUGUGGGUUAAACUUGGAGCCAAUAUCUCAAACUUCACACUGUCACCCAGCACUUUUCUCUUCCACAUAGGCCACGCAGCUAUGUUGGGUCUAAUGUAUGUGUACUGGACUCACUUGAACAUGUUCCAGACUAUGAAGUAUUUGGCUAUCAUAGGCAGCCUCACAUUCCUGGCUGGGAACCGCAUGCUGGCACAAAAAGCUGUGAAAAGGAUUGCUGCAGAACAAAGUAGUAGGUUGGCAAAAUAUAGAAGUCUGCGAUAAAUGCCUGAAUGUUUUGCAAAAAGAAAGGCCAGUCUUCA